UGCUACUGCCGUAAUUCGUACUGUACUUGGGAGGUUUGUGCUUAGCGGCGGUAGUUGUGUCGCUUUCUGGCAAAGGCAGGUAGUUGGGGGCAAUGGCCCGGGGCUGGGAUGAACCGCUCUCCCAGUGAAGGCGGAGAGCUGGGCAGAAACAUGGCCAGUACAGUGGUAGCAGUUGGACUGACCAUAGCUGCUGCAGGAUUUGCAGGCCGUUAUGUUUUACAAGCCAUGAAGCAUAUGGAGCCUCAAGUAAAACAAGUUUUUCAGAGCCUACCAAAAUCUGCCUUCAGUGGUGGCUAUUACAGAGGUGGGUUUGAACCCAAAAUGACAAAACGGGAAGCAGCAUUAAUACUAGGUGUAAGCCCUACUGCCAAUAAAGGAAAAAUAAGAGAUGCUCAUCGACGAAUUAUGCUCUUAAAUCAUCCAGAUAAAGGAGGAUCUCCUUAUAUAGCAGCCAAAAUCAAUGAAGCUAAAGAUUUACUAGAUGGUCAAGCUAAAAAAUGAAGUAAAUGUAUGAUGAAUUUUAAGUUCAUACUAGCUUAUGUAUAAGACUACUAACUUUUUAUAAUAAAACACCUCUGAGCUACAAUUUUCUUAAAAUGGUUUAGCAUAGCUCAAUCAAAGCCUUGGUUUAAUUUUAUUUGAGCAUUUUAAAAUUAGAUUACAGGUUAUUAUUUGGAUUAAUAUUCAAUAAUAUACAGCAUAUAUAUGGAAACAUUGUUCAUUUCUGUUCACUUAGCAAGUAAUAUGGUGUCUGUGUGCUCAUCAGGGUAAAGUCCUUGUUCUUAAGGAGCUCCUAGUCUAAUGAGAGACAAAUCUGUAACUAAAAUAUAUGAUAAGUAUGAUGUAAUUAACAUAAAGUGUUUAAGUAGUUUAGAAUGUUGGAAAGAAAAGUUGCUCAAUUACAACUGGCCCAACUCUUUGGAACCUUGUAUGUAAAAAUCAAUUUACCCACACUGACUUAAGAAAUUACCUAGGUAAGUCACUGACCAUUCUGAUUUACUAAAUUAAAACUAUAAAAAUACAGUAAAGGUUUGAAGUAUUUACAUUGUAUUCAUCCAGCCCUUAAGAUACUGAAUACUUAUAAAUUUUUCCUAAACACAAUCCAGGUUUUGUUAUUGUUAUGACCAAGCUUAAACACUAUUGGUACAACUGAAAUUCCCUCAGUAUCAAAAUAUUACUUACCUGAAACUACUAAGAAUAUAUAUAUACUAACAAAUUUAAAUGACAUUUGAAUGCAAACAACUUUCAUCCUAACAUAAAAUACUGUAUUUUACAAUCUA